ACUAAAACACUUCCUAGUGUCUGGUGAGAGUAUUGCUAACUACCUAUCUAUUCUAUAUCCAGUACUUUAUCAUUCCAUUUUUCUUGCUACGACAUCUUCGCCCUGGUAUUGCGGGUCCCGGAGCUGUAUACGUGGGAGUAGACGUGUACAAGCUAUUAGUAUGCAUUACGUGUUUACUUGGGCACUAUUAUCGUUCAAGUCCAGCCUUGGUUUAAGAAAUGCUUUGCGAGGUGAAAUGGUCACGCUGUGCAGAAUGCGGAAAAUAUGGGGGAAGGGGGGGUUGGUUUUAAUCUCGCUUUGGCUUCAAAACACCUGAAAAUGAAAGGAAAACUUUUUUAGCGGGUCUAGGGGAUAGAGAAUGCAAAGAAGGAAGGAUGAAAACAAGUACUAUAUCAAAUGGUAGUAGCAGCAGUAUUAUGUUGUUUGGUCGUUGACCAAGCGCAUGUUCAAAAGUUCCCCCCAGAGCGCCAUACAUGUCUGCCUAACGGCACCCGAAAACACACGGCAAACAUACAAAUCCACUUACGCAAAAACGGUCAGCUUGCUCACGUAUACAAAGCUCCCUCCUUCAGAGUCUACAUGCGUGCUCCGGAUCGAAACAUCCGGCUCAAGCACCGGCAUAGUACUACUGCUUUUUACGCUUGCUGACCUGCAUAAGAGAUAACACGACAAGGAAGGCAGACAGCAAGGCAAGGCAGGGAUUGCGGGCGUGUCGU